GCGAUCAAUGCAAGGUCGAUCGCUUGCAACCAAACAGAACUCGUUUUAUAUCCCUGACCUCAUCCGGUGCUAUAAAAGUGGCCACGAGUUGGCACUGUAAGCGAGAGUCCAUUUUGGAGUGUGGCCUUUUUAGCGCCUAUAUUUUACAGUAAGCCGGUGAUCAAAAACUAGAAUGGCCGACGCUGAGAAUCAGUUCAUGGAGACCUCCGAGAACGGGAACGAGGAUGAUUUUAACGGAGCGGAUACCACCACGGGGGAGGCCGCGACGGAGGAGGAGAACGGCGAUGGAGGGCAGAUCGACGCCAGCAAGGGCGAGGAAGAUGCGGGAAAAAUGUUCGUUGGAGGACUCAGCUGGGACACCAGUAAAAAAGACCUGAAAGACUAUUUCUCAAAGUUCGGAGAGGUGACGGACUGCACCAUCAAGAUGGAUUCAAACACGGGCCGGUCGCGAGGGUUUGGGUUCAUCCUCUUUAAAGAAGCAGAAAGUGUAGAGAAGGUGUUGGCGCAAAAGGAACACAGGUUAGACGGGCGUCAGAUCGAUCCCAAGAAAGCCAUGGCCAUGAAGAAAGAGCCAGUCAAGAAGAUCUUUGUUGGUGGCCUUAACCCAGAGACCACUGAAGAGAAGAUCCGUGAAUACUUCGGAGGCUUCGGAGAGAUGGAAACUAUUGAACUUCCGACGGAUCCAAAGACUGAGAAACGGAGGGGAUUUGUUUUCAUCACGUACAAGGAUGAGUCUUCUGUCAAGAAAGUUCUUGAGAAGAAAUAUCAUAAUGUUAGCGGAAGCAAGUGCGAGAUCAAAAUUGCCCAGCCUAAGGAAAUCUACCAGCAGCAGCAGUAUGGUAAUCGUGGAGGCUUUGGAGGUCGUGGCAGAGGUCGUGGUGGUGGAGGCCAAGGCCAGAACUGGAACCAGGGAUAUAGCGGCUACUGGAACCAGGGCUAUGGGAGCCAGGAUUAUGGCUAUGGAGGUCAGCAGGGUUAUGGUGGUUAUGGUGGCUAUGGCGGCUAUGACUAUAACCCUGGCUAUUACGGCUAUGGUGGAGGAUAUGACUACAGCCAGGGCAAUACAAGCUAUGGCAAAACACCAAGACGUGGCGGCCACCAGAGUUACAAGCCAUACUGAUCACACUUACACCAGGACUGAAGUAUUCUCAAACCACGAGUCAAACACGAUGACAACAGUUCAGAGACUCGCUCUCCCUCUACAGACAAGAUCAUGAUCCAUUUGUACAGAACAGACGAACUGGGGAAGCAAAGUCACACUUCCACGUUUUUUAUUUUAAAUUUAUUUUCCUUUGUCCACAUUUCCACAGGCGGAAGUGUAAUUUUUACUGUACUUUUUGGUACCUUUUUUGAAUAAUGUAUUGUAUGGUUGUAUUUUACAUGUCUACUGGAUUUACCACAUGAGGUUCGGGAGCUGCCAGAGCUUUUGAAAUAAAAUGAUUUUGAGUAA